AUGAUGAGUAGUGUUUUAAAUCAUGACAAUCAACAAUUUGUUGUGGAAAAUCAAAAGCAGCCUCAAUUGCCCGAUCAUUUGAAAUGUGGCGAAGUGUUUACUUGGCUAUGUGCUGGAGAAUUGUAUGCAGUGGAAUGUAAAUUAUGUGAAGAUCAUCCUUUGUGUCCACUAUCGGAAUUUCCUCAGCAUAUGCAAGUGUGGCAUACUGAUUGGGAGCAAACACACAACGAUCAUGAUCAUGAUGAUAAUGAAGAUCUGCAAGAUUCAGAAGAUGAUGUUAACGAUGAAGAUCAUUAUGAGGAACAUAAUGAUGAGCAUGCUUUAUCAUUUACCACCGAAGACAGUGGCUUAUUUGAGCCAGACGAUUUAUUACAAAGCGAAAGAGUUUCUAACCAAGUUUUUCUAUACAAUGAUGAAUUGUUAGAACCCUUUGAACAGGUAUUAAUAGAACACGACAAUACCAUAGACUCUAUACAAAUUAGCGGAGAUGUUAAUGAAGAAGAAUGUUUGGAAGAAGUAAACAAACAGGUAGCAGAGGCGGCAGAAGUUGUAGCUGAGAGAGAGCCUGAGAAAAACAAUGACUUUAGCAUAAAUAUGACCUCUAAAAACAGAAAAAGUAAACAAAUAAAGGUCUCUAACGAAGUAACAGAGAAUGAGAGAGAAUUACGGUAUUUACAAGAAAUAACAGAGAGUCAAAGAGAAUUAAAUGUAAUGGAAACGAAUUCUUUAACAGAAACUGAAAAUGUGAAGGAAAAAUCAAAAACAAAUUUAAAGAAUACAAAAGAAUCAAGAGAAUUAAGUGAAAAUGAAACAAGUGAAGAGGAAAAUUCUAAAACUAAUAAUAUUGAAAGAAAAACCAAUGAAACAAGUGAAAAUGAAAGUGAGACCAGUGAAAUUGAAAGUAAAAACGGGGAAAAAUAUUUUGAAAAGGCUAAAAAUAAUGUUGAGCCUGCAAAGAAAACCAGAAAAUCCUUAAGAAAUUUAAAAGAAACUAAAGAACAGUUAAAAGAUUUAAAAGAAAUGUCAGAAAAUGAAACAGAAAUAAAUGAAAAUGAAACAAAAAAUAAAAAUUAUAAAGAAAAAUUGAAAGAACCCAGAGAGUCACAGGAACUAAGAGAAAAAGAAACUGAAACGAGUGAAAAUGAAACAAAAAAUAAAAAUUAUAAAGGAAAAUUGAAAGAACCCAGAGAUUCACAGGAACUAAGAGAAAAAGAAACUGAAACAAGUGAAAAUGAAACAAUAACAAGUGACAAUGAAAAGGAAAUAAAAGAAAAUAUAACAAAUACAUUUAAAUAUGAUAAAAUUCCCGUUCAAAUACCAAAUUCUCCUGAUUUAUAUAAAAAUUCUAAACAAAAUUUAACAAAAACUAGAAAAUCUUCAAGAAAUUUGAGAAAUAAUAAAGAAAUUGAAUUAAAUUUCUUUGGAAAUUCCAAAAAACCUCAAAAUUUUAUAAACAGCAAGAGAAAAAUGUCGGAAAAUCAAGAGCAAUUGGAAGAAGAGGAACAAGAGGAAAUGAAACAACCGGAAUUGAAUGAAAAUGAAACACCUGACCUAGAAAAACUUCCAAAAUUUGCCAGUACUCCAAGGAAUGAAAUACCAAGGGCUUCUAAAACAAGAACCACCAGAAGAAGUCUAAGAAAAUUGUCCAGAAAGUUCAGCGAAGAGGAAUUGGAACAUUUGGAAGAUGCUGCCAAAUCUUCUCUUCAUUCAAAUUACCCGAGAAAUAAAAAAUCUAAAAAUAAAUUAGAAAAGCCAGCAAAAGAAUUAAACGAAGAGGAAGAGAUUCACGAAAAAGAACUAAAUAUUGAAGAGAAUAUAAAUGACAAUGAAUUUGAGCAACAAAACUCCGAACAUUUUGAAGAUUCUCCAAAAUCUUUAUUUUCUUCAGUCAUAAAUUGCCCAGCAAAAGAAUUAAACCAAGAGAAAGAAGAAGAAAUCCACGAAAUAGAAUUAACUAUCGAAGAGAAUAUAAUUGAAAUCGAAAUUGAGCAACAAAACUCUCCUAAAACUAGACAAUCAAGGAGAAAACCUAGAUAUUCGGGAAGUGAAGCUGAAAAUGAUGAAUUAAGCCCGCCUAAAUCCCCUUUGGUUCCCCUUGAAAAGUCUACAAGACUGAGUAAAAGAUCAAGUAAAAGAAAAAAUACAUCCCGAACAAAUAUGCUUCCAUUAAAUGAUAAUCUUACACCUACCAAAAGAAUCAGAAGAAAAAGUUCCUGUGGAACCUCGGAUAUUUUAGAAAAAACUACAAAACAAACUUUGGUUACUCACUUUUUUGUGAAUAAAAGCAAUAAAACUAAAUCUCCACAUUCCGAAGAUUUGGAAACUUUAAUUCAAUCCUCCAGAAUUUCGCCACAAUUUGAGGAAAACUCUAUUAACACUCCUUUAAUGGAAGAAACAGACACAUGCUCUCUUAAUUCUUAUAUUUCUUCAAAUCCUUCCUCCCCAGCCAAACUUUCCUCUCAGGGCUACUACUCUUGCGGCAAAGACAGCUGUUCACCCCUGCCCAGUGAACCCUUGUCUCCACUCUCCCCCAUUACAGAAGAGGAACAUUUUGAAUUCUAUGCAGCCAAAGAGAAACUAAACAAACAUCAUAUUAGCUAUUUAAUACAACUGUACCAGGAACAUAGCCACCUAUGGGAUCAAUCCCAUUCCAAAUUCUGUGAACCUCAAGAAUGUCGGAAAUCCUGGCAAUUGAUUACCGAUCAAUGGAAUGAGUUUUGCAAACGUCAGUUCUCUACAGCCGAAAUACGCAUACGUUUGGUUACGCUCUGUCAACGUUAUGUGCAGGAAAGAGAACGUCUUGCAUUGCAGGGAGAACUAGAUGAAUUUGCCAAAUUCCCCUACUACGAACAAAUGCAGUUCCUGGAGCAGCAAAAGUCUUUGCAACAGCGACGUGAGCAGCAGGAACAACAAAAUGAAAAGAUUUUGGAAGUUUAUCAAAAUUUUCCGCUACUGUGGCAUGUCAGCCAAUAUAAAGUGCGUCAGGCCAAGCAGAGGGCCGAGGCUUUCGAGAACAUUAGCAAGACUUUGAAAAUGGUGGGUUUAAAAUUGUCCUCUAUGGCGGUGCAAAAGCGCAUACGUUCUCUAAGGAAAUGUUAUCGUUUGGAGAAAAUACGCUUUUUGCAUGCCCAAGUGGAGCAGACGCAAUUUCAGCCUAACUUCAGGCAUUAUGAGAGAAUGAAAUUUCUGGAUAAACAUAUAGAUCCCUUCAGCUGUCGUAUUUGCGGGAAAAUAUUUGAAAAUUUACCGGGUUUCCGGGAGCAUUUGGAGGAGGAAAAUCAUGGUAAUGUGCUGCAAGGAGAUAAUGAAAAUGAUGUAAAAGGAGAGGAUAAAGAAACAGGAACAUGUAAAGAGACUAUGGAUACAGAAAAGCAAGACUCUUUUCAGGUUAAUGAAGUACUAAACAAACCUAUUGAAAAUGUGGCCGAUUAUCAGAAUUCUGCUACUAUAUUCAUUAAUAACAUGGAUUAUUAUACCGAAGCCGAUAAUAGUUGUGACAUUUUGCAAACAUUUACCCCUUUGGCCUGUACCCCCAAUCCGAACUUGGAUCCUGUUACUAAUUUGAACCUGGAUUCUUUAGAAAAUAAUAAAGCCAUUAUCCAGGAGGUGUUAAUAUUUCCCUGCAACACUCCCGCUGAACCCAUUAUAGAUUCUUUGCAUAUAGAAGAUCAAUUAAUGGAGGAAAUUAUGGAAAAUGUUACUAAUGAUGAUACAUUCAGCAAGCAAUCUUUGGAUCAUUUCAUUAACUCGGUCACUAAUUGUGAGGAAUUGGGAGAAAAUAAUGUUAUAAAUGAGGAGAUUUUUACUGCUGUUGAUAUGUCAACGGAAAAUGUCAUUAUUUUGGAUCAACCAGAUGUAAUAACAGAUCAAACUUUGGAUGUUCCAAGUCCUCAAGCAAAUGAUGAAGAAAUGAUAUCUAAAAUGAUACCAGAGAUCAAGGAAACUGAGCAGAGUUCCUUAGAAAAUGCCUCUUUAACUUCUCAAUGUACCGACUUUUCUGAGGAUCUGAAGUUAAAUCCUGAACCCCUAGAAAUCCCCCAGCCAGCCUGUAACGACUCGGAUCCUGAAUUUCACUCAUCUGCUGAUAUCUCUACCAUACCCUUGCCCGAUCAAGAAAUACACAAAAUGAUCGAACUAUAUCGUAAAUAUCCGCAAAUCUGGAAUCCAAAUCAUUUGGAUUAUAAUUCAAGGAUUUUAAGGCGACAGGCCUGGUGUACCCUCACAAUGGAAUUUAACUCGGUAGUGGGUAAACAAUUCUCCUGGCGUACAUUGCACCGCAAGUUGACAGACUAUUCCAAGUACUAUAAGAAAUUGAUAACGGAACAAAAGGACUACGAGGAGUUGGAGAAUAAGUGGACUUUUUAUGAGGAUUUCAAGUUUUUGGAUGAUGUGCUUGCCGUCCAUGACGAACUACAGCGCAGUGUCCAUCAUCGUGAUAACAAUUUCAAAAUCAUUAAUAUCUACGAAACUCUGCCCCAGCUGUGGGACAUUAAACAUCCCGACUAUAAUAAACACUCCAUUAAACAGCGCAAUAUCGAACUAAUGUGCAACCGUUUGCAAGAGGAAAACAAUCUUCAACUAACCACCGAACGUUUAAAAAAUCGCCUGAUCGAGCUUAGAACCCAAUAUCGGGCAGCCAAAAGGCAACGUUUGAAAUGCGAAAGAAAUCAACAAAAGUUUGAAACCGAUUUUGUGUUCUAUGAAGCCUUUAAAUUUCUCGAUCCCCACAUAGACCCCUUUAUAUGUGAACAAUGUAAUAAAGAAUUCAAAAAAUUAACCGACUACAAUCGGCAUCUAAAGCGGGAACAUAAAAAGAAAACUAUAGUGAAACUAGGCCCAUUUUCGGUAUUACCUCUGGAGCCGGGUGUCGACAUGGCAUUGCAAAAUGUUUGCCAUAUCUGCGGCAUUAAGUUUACCAGCCGCAGCAAUUUGGUGCACCAUGUUAAGCGUCACGAGGGCAUACGAAAUUACGAAUGCAACAUGUGUCCAAAAAAGUUUUUCGCCUCUCACUCCCUCAAAGUACACAUAAGAUCCCACACCAAGGAGUGUCCUUACACAUGUGAAAAAUGCGGCAUGUCUUUUGUUAGUGCCAGCAAAUUGAAUCAGCAUGCUAAGAGGCAUUUUGAUAAAAAAGAUUUCCAGUGUGAUUACUGUCCCAAGAGAUUCUAUUCGGGUUUUGAAAAGGAUCGUCAUGAGAGGAGACAUUUAAAUAUCAGAGAUAAGGUGUGUGAUAUUUGUGGUAAGACAUUUGUGGCGGGCUCCUCGUACUAUACGCACAUGAUGUUGCACAGUGAUACGAAACGUUUUGGAUGCGAUAAAUGUGAGAUGAAAUUUGCCCAAUAUGCCGGGUUGUAUAAGCAUAAAAAGAGACAUCAUCCGGCAUAA